UGGGAACCGGGCUGCGGCAGCCUCCGGUCUCCUCAGCGGCGGCAGCGCGCCCCUCCUCCCGCGCCUCUGCCGCCCGCGUCCGUCAGGAAAGAUGCCCUCAGCCCGGGGCUGUGAAGAAGGGAUAGGAGUCGCUGCCCGAGGCGCCGCCGCCGCUGUCGCCCGCGUCCUUUGAAUUCGUCAGCGCAGCCCCUCGCCGAGGGGCGGCGGCGGGAGCCCGGGCGCUGCGCCCGGCGGCACGGCGCGGCCCGCCAGCGGCCUCCGGCAUGGAGCGGGCUCGCGCGACCGAGUAGCCGCCGCCCCCGGAGCCCGGCGCGAGAGCCGCCCGCAGCCCGCCUCAUCCCGGCCGCGCCGGCGGCCAGGCCCCGGGAGAAGCCCCGAGGAAGAUGACGCGCUCUCGCCGCAGCCCGCUGGAAGCCGGACUCGCUGCAAAGCCCUAGGAAAGAAAGAGCUCGGGAGCCGAGGCUCGGCGUAGCCCGAGCCGGGAGAGCCGCUCCGGGAGCUGCCCUCCCUUCCCGCGGAGGACUCGCCCAGGCGCUAUCCGAGUGGAGGUUGGGAGCAUUUGCAGCAGAAUUUUUGGCUUUCCCUCCCCCUCCAUACAUUCCCCCCUCCUCCUCUUCCAGUUUUUCUUCUUCCCGGGAAGUGAAUUGCUGAUGCCAAGAGGACUUUAUUCAUUAACGAUGCAACCGGAUUCGUUUCAGGAUUAUGUUGCACGAAUUGAAUUUUGAAUGAAGGAUUUCUUUUUUUGAAAGAAGUGUUGACUCUUUGGUUGGUUGUACUUUUAAUUAUUAUUUUAUUUAAACAUACAAUUUAAUUGUAUUAUUCUCUUAAAAAUAUUAAAUCUAUAUUUUAUGGAAACUUACCCUCAAGAUAUACGUGUUUAUGGGUGAAAUUGAAGACGCUUCCGUUAAAUGAGGUGACUGGCGUGUUGGAUGUUUAAUUCAGCACCGGCAUUGCAUGACAGUUGUUGAAAUAACAAGUGGUUUUUUUUUUGAAAACCACACCUUUAAAAUUUUAGGUUCAGAUAGUAACAGUGCACAUUGUAAGGGCCAUUAAAAGAAAGCCAGCAGAAAUCGAAGCAAACAUGUCCGGAGAAGUGCGUUUGAGGCAGUUGGAGCAGUUUAUUUUAGAUGGGCCAGCGCAGACCAAUGGGCAAUGCUUCAGUGUGGAGACCUUACUGGACAUACUCAUCUGUCUUUAUGAUGAAUGCAAUAAUUCUCCGUUGAGAAGAGAGAAGAACAUUCUUGAGUAUCUGGAAUGGGCUAAACCAUUUACUUCUAAAGUGAAGCAAAUGCGAUUACACAGAGAAGACUUUGAAAUAUUAAAGGUGAUUGGUCGAGGAGCUUUUGGGGAGGUUGCUGUAGUUAAACUGAAAAAUGCAGAUAAAGUAUUUGCCAUGAAAAUUCUGAACAAGUGGGAGAUGCUGAAAAGAGCUGAGACAGCAUGCUUUCGUGAAGAGAGGGAUGUACUGGUGAAUGGGGACAACAAGUGGAUAACAACUCUGCACUACGCCUUCCAGGAUGACAACAACUUAUACCUGGUUAUGGAUUAUUAUGUUGGUGGGGAUUUGCUUACUCUUCUCAGCAAAUUUGAAGAUAGAUUGCCUGAAGACAUGGCUCGGUUUUACUUGGCUGAGAUGGUGAUAGCCAUUGACUCAGUCCAUCAGCUCCACUAUGUACACAGAGACAUUAAACCUGACAAUAUAUUGAUGGAUAUGAAUGGACAUAUUCGGUUAGCAGAUUUUGGUUCUUGUCUGAAGCUGAUGGAAGAUGGAACGGUCCAAUCCUCAGUGGCAGUUGGAACUCCAGAUUAUAUUUCUCCAGAAAUCCUUCAAGCUAUGGAAGAUGGAAAAGGCAGAUAUGGACCUGAGUGUGACUGGUGGUCUUUGGGGGUCUGUAUGUAUGAGAUGCUUUAUGGAGAAACACCAUUCUAUGCUGAGUCCCUGGUGGAGACCUAUGGAAAAAUCAUGAAUCACAAAGAGAGGUUUCAGUUUCCACCCCAAGUGACUGAUGUAUCUGAAAAUGCUAAGGAUCUUAUUCGAAGACUCAUUUGUAGCCGAGAACAUCGACUUGGCCAAAAUGGAAUAGAAGACUUUAAGAAGCAUCCAUUUUUCAGUGGAAUUGAUUGGGAUAAUAUUCGAAACUGUGAAGCACCUUAUAUUCCAGAAGUUAGUAGCCCAACAGAUACAUCGAAUUUUGAUGUGGAUGAUGACUGUUUAAAAAAUUCUGAAACGAUGCCUCCACCAACACAUGCUGCAUUUUCUGGCCAUCAUCUGCCAUUUGUUGGUUUUACAUAUACUAGUAGCUGUGUUCUUUCUGACCGGAGUUGUUUGAGAGUGACAGCAGGUCCCACCUCACUGGAUCUUGAUGUUAAUGUCCAGAGGACUCUAGAUAAUAACUUAGCAACUGAAGCUUAUGAAAGAAGAAUUAAGCGGCUGGAACAGGAAAAGCUUGAACUUACUAGAAAACUUCAAGAGUCAACGCAGACUGUUCAAGCUCUGCAGUAUUCAACUGUUGAUGGUCCACUAACGGCAAGCAAAGACUUAGAAAUUAAAAGCCUGAAGGAAGAGAUUGAAAAGCUAAGGAAACAAGUAUCAGAAGUGAAUCAUUUGGAACAACAACUUGAAGAAGCUAAUUCUGUGAGACGAGAGCUAGAUGAUGCUUUUAGGCAAAUCAAGGCUUUUGAAAAACAGAUCAAAACUUUGCAGCAGGAAAGAGAAGAGCUAAAUAAGGAACUAGUCCAGGCUAGUGAGCGAUUAAAAAACCAAUCCAAAGAGCUGAAAGACGCACACUGUCAGAGGAAACUGGCCAUGCAGGAGUUCAUGGAGAUCAAUGAGCGACUAACAGAAUUGCACACCCAAAAACAGAAACUUGCUCGCCAUGUCCGAGAUAAGGAAGAAGAGGUGGACCUGGUGGUGCAAAAAGCUGAGAGCUUAAGGCAAGAGCUGCGCAGAGCAGAGAGAGCCAAGAAAGAGCUGGAAGUUCACACAGAGGCUCUAAUUGCUGAAGCAUCAAAGGACAGGAAGCUGCGUGAGCAGAGCGAACACUAUUCCAAACAACUGGAAAAUGAACUGGAGGGACUGAAGCAAAAACAAAUUAGCUACUCACCAGGAAUAUGCAGCAUAGAGCAUCAGCAAGAGAUAACUAAGCUAAAGACUGACUUGGAAAAGAAAAGUAUCUUUUAUGAAGAAGAAAUAUCUAAAAGAGAAGGAAUUCAUGCAAGUGAGAUUAAAAAUCUGAAGAAGGAGCUGCAUGACUCUGAAGGCCAGCAACUUGCUCUCAACAAAGAAAUUAUGGUUUUAAAAGACAAACUGGAAAAAACCAGAAGAGAAAGUCAAAGUGAAAGGGAAGAAUUUGAAAAUGAGUUCAAACAACAGUAUGAACGGGAAAAAGUAUUACUAACUGAAGAAAAUAAGAAGUUAACAAGUGAACUUGAUAAGCUGACCACAUUGUAUGAGAGCUUAAGUUUGCGCAACCAGCAUUUAGAAGAAGAGGUCAAAGAUCUAGCAGACAAGAAAGAAUCAGUCGCCCACUGGGAAGCGCAAAUCACAGAAAUAAUCCAGUGGGUGAGCGAUGAAAAGGAUGCACGAGGCUAUCUUCAGGCCUUAGCCUCUAAAAUGACGGAAGAAUUGGAAGCGUUAAGAAAUUCCAGCUUGGGGACACGAGCAACCGAUAUGCCUUGGAAAAUGCGUCGUUUUGCAAAACUGGACAUGUCAGCUAGACUAGAAUUACAAUCAGCUCUGGAUGCAGAAAUAAGAGCUAAGCAGGCUAUCCAGGAAGAGCUGAAUAAAGUUAAAGCAUCUAACAUCAUCACAGAGUGUAAACUGAAAGAUUCAGAGAAGAAGAACUUGGAACUGCUGUCCGAAAUUGAGCAGCUGAUAAAGGACACGGAAGAGCUUAGAUCUGAAAAGGGUAUAGAGCACCAAGACUCACAGCAUUCUUUCUUGGCAUUUUUGAAUACGCCUACCGAUGCUCUGGAUCAAUUUGAAGAUUCCUUUUCUUCUUCCUCAUCCUCACUGAUUGAUUUUUUGGAUGACCACUCCCCGUCCUGUACUCCAGCUAGCAAAGGCAGACGUAUUGCAGACUGUGCUCCACUUCCAGUUCACACGCCCACCUUAAAGAAAAAGGGUUGUCCUGCUUCAACUGGCUUUCCACCUAAGCGCAAGACUCAUCAGUUUUUUGUGAAGUCUUUCACUGCCCCGACAAAGUGCCAUCAGUGUACGUCGUUGAUGGUUGGUUUGAUAAGACAGGGCUGUUCCUGUGAAGUGUGUGGGUUCUCAUGUCAUAUAACGUGUGUGAACAAAGCUCCAACUGCUUGUCCGGUUCCUCCUGAGCAGACUAAAGGUCCACUUGGUAUAGACCCACAGAAGGGAGUGGGGACAGCGUAUGAGGGCCAUGUCAGGAUCCCUAAGCCAGCGGGAGUGAAGAAAGGAUGGCAGAGAGCACUGGCCGUGGUCUGUGACUUCAAACUGUUUCUCUACGAUAUCGCAGAAGGAAAAACAUCUCAACCCAGUUCCAUCAUCAGUCAAGUGAUUGACAUGAGAGAUGAAGAAUUUUCUGUGAGUUCAGUCCUGGCUUCUGAUGUUAUCCACGCAAGUCGGAAAGAUAUUCCCUGUAUAUUUAGGGUCACAGCUUCCCAGCUCUCAGCACCUAGUAACAAAUGUUCCAUCCUGAUGCUGGCAGACAGUGAGAAUGAGAAGAGUAAGUGGGUGGGAGUGCUGAAUGAACUACACAAGAUUUUGAAGAAAAACAAAUUCAGAGAUCGCUCAGUGUAUGUUCCCAAAGAGGCUUAUGACAGCACUCUGCCCCUCAUUAAGACAACGCAGGCAGCUGCAAUCAUAGAUCAUGAAAGGAUAGCUUUGGGAAAUGAAGAAGGAUUAUUUGUUGUGCAUGUCACCAAAGAUGAGAUUAUUAGAGUUGGUGACAAUAAGAAAAUUCAUCAGAUUGAACUCAUUCCAAGUGACCAGCUUGUUGCUGUGAUCUCAGGCCGAAAUCGCCAUGUCCGACUUUUUCCUAUGUCAGCCUUGGACGGGCGAGAGACAGAUUUUUAUAAGCUGGCAGAAACUAAAGGGUGUCAAACCAUAACUGCUGGGAAAGUGCGCCAUGGAGCUCUGUCCUGCCUGUGUGUGGCUAUGAAAAGACAGGUCCUCUGCUAUGAGCUGUUCCAGAGCAAGACCCGGCACAGGAAAUUUAAAGAAAUUCAAGUCCCAUGUAACGUCCAGUGGAUGGCCAUCUUCAGUGAGCAGCUCUGUGUAGGAUUCCAGUCAGGAUUUCUCAGAUAUCCCUUGAAUGGAGAAGGAAGUCCAUGCAAUAUGCUCCAUUCAAAUGACCACACACUAUCAUUCAUUGCACAUCAACCAAUGGAUGCUAUCUGUGCAGUUGAGAUCUCCAACAAAGAGUAUUUGCUGUGUUUUAACAGCAUUGGGAUAUACACGGACUGCCAGGGCCGAAGAUCUAGGCAGCAAGAAUUGAUGUGGCCAGCAAACCCUUCCUCUUGUUGUUACAAUGCACCUUAUCUCUCCGUUUAUAGUGAAAAUGCAGUUGAUAUCUUUGAUGUAAACUCCAUGGAAUGGAUACAGACUCUUCCUCUCAAAAAGGUCCGACCUUUAAACACUGAAGGAUCAUUAAAUCUGUUAGGGUUGGAGACUAUUAGAUUAAUAUAUUUCAAAAAUAAGAUGGCAGAAGGGGACGAACUUGUAGUUCCUGAAACAUCAGAUAAUAGUCGAAAACAAAUGGUUAGAAAUAUCAACAAUAAGCGGCGUUACUCCUUCCGAGUCCCAGAGGAGGAGAGGAUGCAACAGAGGAGGGAGAUGCUACGAGAUCCAGAAAUGAGAAAUAAAUUAAUUUCUAACCCAACUAAUUUUAACCACAUAGCACACAUGGGUCCUGGAGAUGGAAUACAGAUCCUAAAAGACCUGCCCAUGCCAGGUUUCCCUUAUCCAUCCCCUCACCACCACUCCGGUCUGAUCUCCUCUCCGAUCAACUUUGAGCACAUCUAUCACAUGACUGUCAAUUCUGCUGAACAGUUUCUCUCUCCUGAUUCCAUAAACCCUGAGUACCCCACGUCCCUGCGCUCUGCCCCCGGUACACCACACUCUGUGACUCUGAGGAACCCACGUCCUCAGGAAAACCGGACCGUAUUCAGUGGCUCCGUCAGUAUUCCCUCCAUCACCAAGUCCCGCCCUGAACCAGGCCGCUCCAUGAGUGCCAGCAGUGGCCUGUCUGCACGGUCAUCAGCCCAGAAUGGCAGUGCACUAAAGAGGGAAUUCUCUGGAGGAAGCUACAACACGAAGCGACAGCCCAUGCCCUCUCCCUCGGAGGGCUCUUUGUCAUCGGGAGGCAUGGACCAAGGAAGUGACGCCCCUGCGAGGGACUAUGAUGGAGAGGACUCUGAUUCUCCAAGGCAUUCCACAGCUUCCAACAGCUCCAACCUGAGCAGCCCCCCAAGCCCCGUUUCACCCCGAAAGACCAAGAGCCUUUCCCUGGAGAGCACAGACCGCGGGAACUGGGAUCCUUGAGCCCGUGGUGGCCACAGGCAGGGACUCUGCACCCCGACAACGUGCCUGGCAGCAGCGUCUCCUUCCGCACUGCUGCAAUAAGGAUUCUUCCGCAGCCAGGCCCGCUUCACCACCACUACCACCCCCCCUCCCCAGGUAGCUUCUAUAGACAGACUGCGCAGACGCAGCGCUAAGAGUAGACUGGUUGUGUUCUCACCGUAGUCCUCACAUAGCGCCCAGCAGCCUCCAUGAGCGUCAGCCUGACUGUUGCCAGGAAAUAAAUCCUCACGACUCAAAACAAUGCAUAUUUUACUACAAUACAGAGUUUAAAUAAAUACAUAAAUGUAGAAGUUAAAUACUGAAUGUAUAUAGUCUAAGAAGCAUCUUGUGUUCAAUGAAAGAUGGAUGCAUAUAUAAGAAAGAUCAUUUAAUUUAAAGAAAUGUGUUGUUUCUUGUCUGUUUCCCAGCUAAGUCAUAUAUACAGGGUAGAAAGGCCUCAAGUGACAUUUGUAAAGAGAAAGCAGAAGUCCUGUCCCCGUGGUGUCUGUCCUGAAGCCUGGGCAGGCUGAGGUCACAGAGAAAUUUAAGGAAUUUUUGGAGAUAAUGCCAUUGGUGGGGUGUGACCUGGACACCACGGGCGGCAUUGAAGCUGUUCCAGAGGAACAUUCCCCCCCCCCCAAGGCAUUUCUCCAAUGAUGGAUUUGAACAUUUCCCCCUCUUACUAUAUUUUGAUAUUUCGCACAGAUGAAUGUGAAAGACAAUUCUCUCAUCUCCUGACCCUUCCCAUCAUAAAGGGCACAGGGAGAGAGUCCCAGCUUCUGAAGGUCAUGGAAUGGUUCGUGUAGCUGUUUUUUGUCCUGGCCAAAUCCUGUCCCUCCCUAGGUAGCAGUGAGUCAGUUUGGACUGGGCACAGCUUCCCAGUUGUUAAGGGUAGUUGUGAACUUCCUCACACACUCUCCUGAGGAAAGGGCUUCUUUCUCCCUAUUAAAUCAUGUAAAACCUCAGAAGCACGGGCUUGAACAGCCUUGACCAAAUAUGCCUUUCCACGUGAGGGGACAGUGGGGCCUGUGUGGGCCUGGGGGUGUGCUGGUCGCCAGGGAUCGCCAGCCUGCUUUCACUCUGGAUAUGUGCUGCUAUAGUUGUCCAAGGAAGCAUGAUGAAAUCCACGUGUCUCACCAGCUAAGAACGUAGAGAAGACGGAAACUACGGUAUCCCAUGCCAAUAAAGAGGCCCUGCCACUCUUCAUUUCCACCUAUUUUGGGUUGAAAAAGCCAUUAUUUCUCCCCACCUUAAACUACACCUAAAAUAGAUUUCCAGAGUUGCUAACCUGCCUGGCAUGCUGACACUUGACACUGGAGGUCAGAGUUCAGGGAGGGGGAUGGUGAUAGGAGUACUUCUGAUAGGGUCAUUAAACAACAGCUUUGACAAACAUUCUAGAUUCUCCACUGGCUCCGACAUGAGUACAUUUUGUUUUGGAUGUGCAUUAUGUCAUUCUAAACUCAAUCAUUUUGCUUUUGGAAGUGUUACAAAAAUAUUUGUGUACAUCCAAAACUAAGGGUCAGAUCUUGAGUUCUGUCAGAGCCCUAUUACUGUAUCUGCUUGAACUUGGCACUUUGCCUGAUAGCACUGGCUCCUCCCCCUCUGUCCCUCCUGUCUUCUCUGUUCCCUGCCCUUGCCUGUCCUUCCUAGGCAGAAAACUGACUCUACCCUGAGACUUUGGUCUGUUGCUUUGACAACCACUUGUGAAUUUCUGUUGCUUACAGGUGCUUGUUGUGAAAGAACCCUUUAGAGUCACAGUUGAAACCUCCCUACAGGUCAGCUCCAUUGCAGUGAGCCAACCUGAGCUCUGCUGUGGAUUGGCAGAUUUUCCUCUGCAGUCAUAGAUCCAGGUGUCUUAGCAGCAGCCCUGGCCCAGAGUGUGGGGUGGGUUUCUCCUAAUAACCACUGUCUUACUAGACUCACCCCAGCCUUACAUGAAGAGCGUUCCUGUCAGAAGCUGUGGAGGAAGGUGAGGAAAGACAGAAGCCAAGAUCCCUCAGCAGUGGCCAACUAAGACCAGAGGGAAAGCCUGCAGCCCUGUGUGAGAUCACUCCCCCUACCCCAUGCAAGGCAUUUGAAUGUGAGCAGCAGUAGGAAUUGAUCUCUAAGUAGGGAAAAACGGCAUUCAGAGCCAUUCCUGGCAUAGUGUCUAUGGGUUAGUACUUGGUGCUAUGUCCAGCCUGUUUGCUACUAGCCCUUGAAUUCUGGCUCAUCUGUUAUGUGGGUUUUGGGUGGGUAUGCAAAUAUAUUACAUUUUUUGGUUUGGUUUUAUUGCCAAAAACAAAAGCCUUCCUGUCAAUUGCUAAAGCAGAUUUCACUUAAAAUAUAUAUUUUGGGUGCACACUCCCUGUGCUUGGCCAUUCAUGUUCUUUCCCCGUGAGCACAGCUUUAAGACUAAGGGGCAAUAACUACAAAUAGCCUGCCUGGCCUUCCAGCAGAUUGCUAUGGCCAAGCUUAUAGGGAACACCUGAAAUUCCUGUCAUUCCCACCAGCCCUUCCUUCAGCUUCUUCUCUUUCAUGUUAAACUCUUGUCACUUUGUUUCUUAGUGGCCACAUCUAUUUCUAAGAAAAGUAGCUGGCUUGCGUGGAACCUCAGGUAUCAUUAAGGAAAAGCCAGAGCAGAGGGGUGGACGUCCACUCCCAGAUGCAACAGCCCACCAUGCAGCCUUGGCAAUGACUACAAAUUCAAUUCUCCCAGCUCAGUAGACCUAGCUGACACCCCCUCUCCCAAACAUGAAUGCACUCAAAACAGCGUGACAACCCUGCUGCAAGGCAUACUUUGCCCAAGACCACCAGUCCUUCCCAGGCCCACAUGGCCAGCCCUGUCCUGCCCCAUUCCAACCUGGUUUGGCUGCAUAGCAUCUCACUUCACCCUUCAGUGGCUUGUUCCUUGUUGAAACCUUCGGUCUUUGCAAGUUCCCAGUUUCCUGUGGAGCCCUGCUGGCUGUGGUGAGUGUGCUUCCUGCCAGUGCCAGCAUCACAUUCUCCUGUCCCAGGGACAGCAUUACACAGGGCCCUGUACAGUCGGUCAGCCUUGAUGCCAUUGAAAACAAAUUACCUGCCUUUUUAUUUGACAGUAUAUCAUUUGUUUUAUAAAUUUUUAGGGUUUUUUUUCUCGUUGUAAUAUUAUUGUACAGUUUUGCAUGGCCUGGGUGUAACCAUUUUUGUUUAGACUACGAUGCUGAUCAAUGUGUGUGGAAGGAAGGUACUGCUUUGGUCUCUUAAUCACUCAUUUGGUUUGGCUUCAUCCCUUGAUGUCUUAGGGAACUUCCUGAAAGAGUGUCUGCUACAAGACUAUGACAUGGGUUCUUUUGCACAGAAUUAUUUAAGGUGGGAUAGUCAAAAGUGUAAACAAAGAAUUUCUCACCAAGAUUUUAUGUUGGUGUCACCUAUUAACCAGACUUUGAUGUACUGCAAUAAAAUAAGGAACUGUUA